AUGUACCGCCCGUAUAUCCAAAGGCAUGUGGCGCAAACAUUGAAUCGUUUUCCCAACACCUCGCUUCCCUGGAAAGGAGCCAGAGCCUUCCCAACCGUCUCUUCACGGCUUUGCUACCACGAUAAAUCCAAGCCUUCACCUCUCUCUGCCGCGGAGUUUGAGGCAAAAUUCGAGUCGAAGCUCCAUACCCAACCAAGGUCACAACCAAGGCCACAGCCAAGUUCCAAGGCAAAGUCCGAAACGAAAGAAUUCGAAUUCAUCAACGACAAGAACGGAGCCAAGCGUCGACCGUUCACCAAGGGCGUCGGUUUUUUUCGCUCCUCUCCUUCCAAUAUCAAAAAUAUACCGAGCGCCAGACGUUCGCAACGAGAAGCCAAUCCAUUUCGCCAAACAUACUCUCUGAAUACAAACGUUCGCGGCACACGCCCACUGCCCACGGCCGAAUACUUGGCCUCGGUCGUAGGACGGAGAGCACCAGGUGGUCUUGCCAGUAGGAACGUCAUCCGUGGUGAUCCAACGUCGUUCCCCGGCAAGCGGGUAUUCCUCAUACCUGCCAACUGGAACAAGGUCUCGGCGAAAAUCCCAGACUCUUGGAUUGCCUGCGCAGACCUGAUUCAAGGGCCGUUGACGGAACAGAUCGGAUACACAAAGUUACCUCCAGCUGGAGCAAAAGACGCUCUACGCGCCGCCAUGACAAACUACGUUCAAAUCGCGGCGACGCCGACGGCGGACACAGGGACCUCCCUGGUGCUGCACUUCGACCAGCGACGCUACCUCUUUGGCAAUAUUGCAGAGGGAACACAGCGAGCUUUGAGCCAACGCAAAGUGAGCAUGGGCAAGCUGGAGAUCAUGUUCAUAUCGGGUUCGACUGUGCAGAAAAACACUGGCGGCAUGAUUGGCAUGAUGCUUACCGUUGCCGAUGUUCUCGACGGUAGCCGGAGAGAAGUGCAUGAAAGGAAUCAGGCGCGGAGGGGCACAGGAAAGAAACUGAUCGCGCCCAAGGGCCCCGAGCGAAUUGAGAUUCACGGUGCCAAGAACCUCGCAUACUCCGUCGCAACAGCGAGAGGGUUUGUCUUCAGGAAGGGACUUCCAAUUCGCGCCGUCGAGCUGUACAAGGAUCCGAGAAUUGCCGACCCCGACGCUACCACUCCUGACUGGCAGGACGAACUCAUUCAAGUGUGGAAGGCCCCCAUUUCAUCCGACAUUGUCGCCAAGUCCCGCAAGAGAAGCCAUGAGGUCAUGAGGGCCGAAGAUGAAGUCCUGUCGAACCCGGCAAGCAAAAGGACUGUCCCGGCCGAGGAGCAGGCGGUCAUUGAUCAAGAAGCGAUCAAGGGUAUUGUCGAGAGCAUGUUCAACUCGGACUGGACCAUGGACAAGCUCUUCGAGACGAAGCUUUCCGAAGUCAAGCUCCCUGCUACUAUCUUUAUUAGAGAGGAUGGGAACAUCAAAAAGUACGAAGGCCCCAUGCCGGGCGGCGACGAACCUGUACCUGACAUAACCGUCCUUGUGCGGUACCCUUGGCCAGCGGCUACGGUUGAAAAAUUGCCCAACGCCUCGCUCUCAGACACCGCCGUCUGCUAUGUCGUCAAGAAUAAGGGCCGGAGAGGCAAGUUCAAUCCGGUUGCUGCGAGGGAGCUGGGCGUCAAGCCCACUGACAACAAGAAACUCACCGAAGGAGUGUCUGUACAAGGCAAGGAUGGGAAUAUCGUGACACCCGAGAUGGUCCUCGAGGCGCCGAUCAAGCCUCAGGGCUUUACAGUCAUCGAUAUCGCAGACGCCUCCUACAUUGACUCGUUCCUUGGCAGGUCGGAGUGGCAGAAUGCGAAGUUGAUGGAUGGUAUACCCAUUUUCCACUGGAUCCUGGGCCCGACUGUUAUCGACGACCCGCGGAUCCAGAAGUUCAUGAAGGAACGGCCAGAUGUCAAGCACAUUGUCAUGUCUACAGACACCAGCCCGAACAUGCUGGCGUUGGAAUCCUACGCCGGCCUCCAUAGCAACCUCCGCCGCAUCGACCCUGACCGCUUCCCACAACUUGACUUUGACAACACAAUCCGGGACCUUUCGUAUAUCGGGCCCAACGUGGAGGCUGGUCGUGUCGGCAUGAAGGCCAAGCUAUCACCUGCAUACGAGCUCGUCAGGGAUGAAAUUGUUCCCCCGAUCUAUGAGUUCAAGGGCAACGAGCUGAACAAAGACGUCAUGAGACUUGUCGGCGAGGCCACGGAAAAGGUUAAAGAGCCUGCCUUCCUCAAAGAGAUUGAAGAAGCAGAGCAGGAUAUCCCUAAUCGAGACACAGAAAUUAUCCCUCUCGGUACCGGAUCUGCUGUGCCAUCCAAGUAUCGCAACGUCUCUGCAACCCUGGUCCGGGUACCCCAAUACGGCAACUACCUUUUCGACUGCGGCGAGAAUACUCUCGGUCAGCUUCUACGGACAUUUGGGGCGGAGGAAACAAACAAAAUCCUUCAAGAUACCCGUUGCAUCUUCAUCAGCCACAUGCAUGCAGACCACCAUCUCGGAACCGCACGGUUCCUGCGUGCUUGGCACGAAGCCACCGCCGACCUCAUGCCUCAGCCUCAACUGGGCAUCGUGGGCCCGGGUGCCAUGCAAUACUUCUUGAUGGAGUACAGCCGCAUCGAACAAAUCGCUUUUGGACGCGUGAAACUUAUCAGGAAGGGCCACGUCUUCCCCCACCAUGAAGGACGCCUCCCCGCCGACUGCCCCACGCGCCUCGCCUCUGUCCAGCUGGUGCCGGUGAACCAUUGCAAGGACGCCUACGCCGGCGUCCUGACUUGGCCGUCGGGUCUCAAGAUCGCCUACUCGGGCGACUGCCGGCCCAGCGAUAAGCUCAUCGAGGCCGGCAAGGGCGCCACGCUGCUGAUCCACGAGAGCACCUUUGACAAUGACAAGGUUGGCGACGCGCUGGCCAAGAAGCACAGCACCUUGGGCGAGGCCCUCAAGGUGGCGCACAAGAUGGGUGCGCGCCGCGUCCUGCUCACGCACUUUUCGCAGCGGUACGCCAAGCUGCCGCUCGUGGAGCAGCGGAAGACGGAUAGCGGUGUCGAUCAGGCUGUGUUGAUGGCGUGGGACCAGAUGCGGGUCAAGCUGGGCGAGUUCCGCCAGGCGCAGGCCUUCUUGCCCGCCAUCAGCCGCUUCAUGGAGUAUGUUUCCUGGAGGGAGGAUGAGGCAGAAUAG